GACUAUUAGUCAUCAUUCACAAUCCGCAGAAUCAGAAAACAAGGGGCCACUUAAACCAGCGACGACGCCCAAUCUUUCCUACUUGCACUGUGUCAUUUAAUAGCGUCGAAGUCAAUUAUGCAAAAAGCCUCACUUCUCUUCUCCUCAAACUCACUCGCUCCGUUGCCAUGCACCUCCCGCCGGCCACUCGUCCCUCCUUUCCGACGGUUCCUGGCUUCCCCUUGCGCCCAAUUAUCACUCACCCGCUCGCAGAGCUGCCGUUUCGCCGCUCUCUCCCCUCCUCUGCGCUGCAAUGCGACUGGCUCGGUGAAACGACAAGAAAUGGCUUCUCAGGAUGCCCAAGAGGGCCAAGAUGGUCGCGUAGCGAGAAUUGCCUCGGCCAUCCGAGUCAUCCCAGACUUUCCUAAGCCAGGGAUUAUGUUCCAAGAUAUAACCACCUUGCUUCUUGAUACCAAGGCAUUCAGGGACACUAUUGAUUUGUUUGUUGAGAGGUACAAAGACAAAGACAUCUCUGUGGUCGCAGGUAUUGAAGCUAGGGGUUUUAUAUUUGGCCCUCCCAUUGCAUUGGCUAUUGGGGCAAAGUUUGUUCCUAUGAGAAAGCCCAAUAAGUUGCCUGGGGAGGUUAUUUCGGAAGAGUAUUCUUUGGAGUAUGGAACAGACACAAUGGAGAUGCAUGUAGGGGCUGUACAAGCAGGAGAACGUGCACUGGUAAUAGACGAUCUCAUUGCAACUGGGGGAACCUUGUGUGCUGCACUCAGGCUACUUGAGCGUGUUGGAGUGCAUGUGGUCGAGUGUGCAUGUGUCAUUGAAUUGCCAGAGCUGAAGGGCCGGGACCGAUUGGGAGACAAACCGUUGUUCGUUCUUGUUAACGCAGCUUGAUCUAGUGUGUCUGAGGUAGUCCAGCUUGUUUCUUGGCUAUAUGAUUUCAUAAAUGGUAAGAGUUGUUGAAGCUAGAGAUUUUAGAAGACCACCUUGAUUAAAGGGGAAAGUUGGGUGGGGUAAUAAAAAGGUUUGUUUGUGGUUGAUGGUGGAAGAGCUGCAAUCAGUUGAUAUUGAAUGAUAUAAGCAGUAAUAAAUUUGUUGUGGAUUUUUUCUUUA